GACAGACAUCCUAGUACAUAUAACAUGUAUUGUACUAGAUUCGUAUAAUACGUCUAGAUUCACCAAAUUAUUUUCCUUUUCAUUCAUGAAUUACCGAAGCUUUCAUCCAUGGCUGCCAAGAACACCAUUACAAACAUGGAGCUCAAUAUCUAACUACAAUCCAAAAUCACCCAUCAAAAAACCCUAAAACAAGAAUUUCCGCCAUGAAAAUCCCUACAACUCGCUUAAAACUCUUCCUCAUAAUCACGUUCUCCAUCUCCACUUUCUACCUCAUCAACCGCCAUUUUCUCUUCCACCAUAUCCCUUCUCAUACUGAUACCUUCGUUCAUGAAUCCAUCUCUUCCAUUUCCAUUCCCACUUCUCUUCAUCACAUUUUCUUCUCUAUAGCUUCUUCCUCAUCUUCCUUCCCUAAUCGUCUCCCUUUCCUUUCCCUUUGGUACUCCCCUAAUUCUACUAGGGCACUUCUCUUCCUCGAUAAAAACCCUAGUUUCUCUCCCCCAAUUCCUUACUCUAUCUCCUCCGAUACUUCCCGAUUUCCCUACUCUUUUCCUCGCGGUCAUCGCUCUGCGAUUCGCGUUGCUCGUAUUGUCAAAGAAGUUGUCGAUCGUAACGAACCUAAUGUUCGAUGGUUUGUUUUCGGGGAUGACGAUACCGUAUUUUUUAAGGAAAAUUUAGUGGGUGUUUUGUCUAAGUAUGAUCAUGAAAAAUGGUAUUAUAUUGGUAGUAAUUCUGAGAGUUCUGAACAGAAUUUGAGGAUGAGUUUUGGUAUGGCUUAUGGGGGUGGUGGGUUUGCUAUUAGUUCGCCAUUGGCGAAAGCUUUGUGUAAGGUUAUGGAUUCUUGUUUGAUGCGUUACCCACAUUUGUAUGGGAGUGAUCAUCGCAUUUCUUCUUGUAUUUCUGAGCUUGGUGUUGAAUUGACUCGGGAGCCUGGCUUUCAUCAGGUGGAUGUUAGAGGUGACUUAUUCGGCUUGCUUUCUGCUCACCCCUUGUCACCUUUAAUAUCUCUUCACCAUUUGGAGCUUGUGGAUCCCAUUUUUCCUAAGAAGAACCGGACAAAGGCUGUGCAGCAUCUUUUUAAGGCUGCGCGUGUCGAUUCUGGCAGAGUUCUGCAGCAAACUGUUUGUUAUGAUCACUCAAGUAAUUUGACCGUUUCAGUUGCUUGGGGCUACGCUAUUCAAGUAUUCGAAGGAAAUAUACUUCUCCCGGAUAUUCUUGCAUCACAGAGAACUUUUACGCCCUGGAGGAGACGUGGCAUCAAUAUUGCUAGCCAGUAUGUAUUUGACACGAGGGAAUACCCUCAGCAUCCAUGUAAAAGACCUGUGGUUUUCUUUCUAGAGGAUGUUGCUUCUGGAACUGGAAAUGUCUGGAGCAAAUAUAGACGGCAUAGUACUCGUAAUUGUUCCCGAAAUGUUGCUAUGGACAAGCUAAAAGAUAUAAGGGUGUUUGCCAAGAAACGACCACGUAGCACUGGACCGGUGAUGGCACCGCGUCGUGAAUGCUGUGACAUAAUGCAUCCCUUUAAUAGAUCAAUGGUCAUCGACAUAAGGCAAUGCGGCGUUAAUGAGUUGAUAGCCAUGGAUACUUGAUGCCAGGAACACUGUUGAAUAGCUCCUCCUAUUUGUUGGAGAUCUAGUGGUGGGAAAUCAUGUACAGCACCGUUAUGAAACACUGUUUGGUGGCGUCACCUAGGUAAUAUGUUUUUUUCUUGUCGUAUAUUUACUGCAAUGUACACAUGGGCAGGGGCAUAUCUAGACCCGGGCUGGCAUGGGCCAUGGCCCGUGUCAUGUAAAAUUAAGUAAUAUAUUAAACUGCUGUUCAUUGUUUGAACCCACAACUUUCUAUGCGCUUUGACAAAGGUGUUUUCAGCUAAUCACACCGUGCCAAUGAGAGUUCAUAUAAUAUUGGCCCAUGUAAUAAAUUUUUUCUGGAUUCGCCCCUGCACAUGGGCUAUUUGCAAAGGUUUCAUGUUUUUACUGAUAUUGUUGAUUGUGAAAAGCAUGUCAUUAACCAUCAUCCAUGUAGUUACUGUCAUUCAUUCUACAAUGUGAAUUUUGAAAAAUUUCUUAAAAAUAUACAUACUAUCAAACUUAGUGGCGGUGGACUGGUUCGGUUGCAAGCCUUGCCUUUAGGCCUUCAGCUGUUGUUGGUGGAUCUGUAGGCAUGAAUUGGGAAUAGGGUUUAAAUUUCUCGCCAACUAAUUUGAAAGGCAUGUUUUACAAAGGGCUUAUUAAGUAGACGUUAGCAUUUUGAUUCAGAUUGUACUAAAAUUUGAAAGGAUUGAUGAGUUAGGAAGGGGUGUAAAGCAGAGGUUGAAGUAGCAUAUAUGGCAACUUGGCAAAUUAGGUGAAUGCUACCUUUUAUAAAAAAAUUCUUUACUAUUAUCUACUUAAAGGAAAUUCUAUUCAAUGGUAAUUUUUUUUUCCGAAACUUACCUUAAGUUAUCUUGAGGUCGGAUCUAGUUGGUCAUUAUGGGGAGGAUCUACAUUUCUUCAUUUGCAUUCUUGGAAAAGUUGACUUAGUUCUCUAGCUUAUUUUUGGAGAAGGUACGACUAGUCUGCCUCUCUGCCAUAGUGCAAAAAUGCGGUAACGUUCCCGAUUGCGGUAACGGAUACGAUGAUGUGGUCACGGGGUGAUGUUAUUGUACAGCCAUAUCGGUCUAAACCAUGAAAUAUCGCUUGAUCGGCCUAAAAUACGGUCUUUUUACACCUUUAUGAUGCAGGUAGUACCAUUUAGGUAAAUUUGAAAACCUUUACGAUACGGUCUUUUUUUGCACUAUGCUCUCUGCACUCCGAGAAUCAAAAUAGAGAAGGCAAAAAUGAAUGAGGUAAACUAGGGAAAGUGAAAAACUCUGAAAUUAGGAAUCACAAAUGAGUUCAAUUUCUUUGUACAAUAGCUGCCAGCCUGCCGAUCUAAUUUUUUUUAUCGUCCUUCAAAAUCUUCUUGCAAUCAUCCAAAAUGCAUAAUCACUCACUAAAUUACAAGCCAUUGUGCCACAUACCUUAGGUGUAUCCGACAUCAAAUCUACUUCUUGAAUCUCCUCAGAAAUGGCUGAAGCAGAUCUUUACACCAAUUUGCUGCAACAAUGAAAUCCAAAGCCUAGUAUUUCGGUUUGUUUCAAUUCGGGUCUCGGGUUGAAUUUCAACAGGUCGAAUUGCAAACAUUAGAUGUGUGAACUUCUCACAAGUAGGAUUAAAAUUGUAGUCAGGUUGCUGAACUACCCCUAAUCUCCUACAUAAACUCUCUAUUACAGUGUUAAACUGGUAUGGAGAUUGGAGAUAGGACAUGGUGGAUCUUCUUGUCUUGAGCCAUCUUUAGCUAAUGCUAUAUGAAACAGUAGGCACACAAGCGGGAUAGCCCAACUCAGGAAGUACUUAUUCAAAAUAAGAUCUAAUCAUUGAGUCGUUGUCUUUUUGCUAGUCAAUCUUGAUGCAUCGUUAUAUAACAUAUCAUGGGGCUACAUUGUUAGCUUAAGCUUUGGUUAAGUGGUUCCUUGACAUGGUACCAUAAGUCAACGUGACAAAAAGUCGUGAGUUCAAAUCUCAUCCGCCCCUAUCAUCUCAAGUUGAAUAUUUAGCGUCAUAUAUGAGUAGGGCAUAUGUUGCAUCAAUACUUGUAGCUCCCGCGAUACACUGUAUAACAUGUUGGCACUACAAUUGUCAACUUAAGUUUUUGGUUUAGUUGGUUUCUUGACAUAUAUCCUUCCAUCAACUCAUGGCCAUAAGGACAAUGUCGUUUGGUUUUCCCCAACAAUGUCAAUAAUUCUAUUUUGAAUUCUAGUUGUGAAUCUUAGAUGUGAAUAUGUGAUCUUUGGCCUCAUAGAAAUUGGAUAUCUCAAAAACAGUCUUGUUUAUCAAUCUCCUCCUCCUCGUCUCUUGCCAAUUAGUUUUCCUUUUCGUUUCAUGGGGGUUGUAAGGUUUGCAAUUUUGCCUUACGCCGAUUUGUUAUCUGCUCUUGCUACUGUUAUCGGCCUGUGCUAAUUUUUCGUUCUUUAUA